UGUAUAUUAUUUUAAGUGAACUGUACAAUUAUCCUGAAGAAUAAUCUUAGACCAAAGGUAACAGAAAGAAGAUGAUUCUAGAAAUGCCUUCAUAAUACAGAAAGAACAAAACCGGCAUAGCGCGAGCGCGAUCUAGGAAGGUGUAUGUUCCAGACGUUUCUUGAAGGUGGAAGUGUUUGGAGAAAAGCACAGUGAAGUAGGCAGCGAUAGGAAUCAUGGAAAAGGUGACGGUGUUAAAGGACAAGGGAAAUGCUGCUCUUCAGGCUGGUAAAUUUUCUGAUGCUAUAAAGUAUUAUACAGAAGCCAUAACAUUAGACGACAACAAUCAUGUUCUGUACAGUAACAGGUCUGCAGCGUAUGCUAAAGCUAGUAAAUACCAUCAAGCGCUUGAAGAUGCAGAAAAGACUGUUCAGCUGAAACCUGACUGGGGAAAGGGAUACUCUAGGAAAGGUAGUGCCUUGGCUUACCUUGGUAGAAUUGAUGAAUCGAUCAAGGCAUAUGAAGAAGGCCUUGUUCAUGAGCCUGAAAAUCAACAACUGAAAGAAGCAUUGCAGGGCGUCAGAGCUCAGAAAUUUGGAAAUAAGGGAUUCGCCAAUCCUUUCUCAACGCCUGAUCUGUUUGGCAAACUUAGAUCUGAUCCACGUACUCGAGCAUAUUUGGACGAUCCAGAAUAUGUUAAAUUAGUUCAAGAUCUUCAGAGAAACCCAAACAGUUUAGGGCAUCGUUUGAAUGAUACAAAGGUUUUAACUACUCUAAGUGUGUUGCUUGGGAUUAAUUUGGAGGCAACAGGAGAUGAGGAUAUGGAUACAGCUCCUCCACCAACAAGAAAAGUGCCUAGACCAAGAUCAGAGACGCAGAAACCCCAAGCUAAGGUGGAGAAAAUGGAUGAAGAUAUCAGUCCAGAGAAGCAAGAGGAAUUGUUAGCACUGAAAGAGAAGGACCUAGGAAACCAAGUAUAUAAAAAGAAAAACUUUGAAGAAGCCUUAAAGCAUUAUAAUAGGGCAGUAGAACUGGAUGCUGGUGAUAUAACAUAUUUAAAUAACAUAGCAGCUGUAUACUUUGAGCAGAAGGAGUACAAGAAGUGUAUUGAGCAGUGUGAAAAGGCAAUUGAAGUUGGUAGAGAAAAUAGAGCUGACUUUAAGUUGAUUUCAAAAGCAUUUACUAGAAUUGGCAAUGCACACAUGAAACUAGGGGAUUUGUAUAGUGCAAAGACAGCAUAUGAAAAGUCAAUGUCAGAAUUCCGCACUCCAGAAAUCAAGGCGUUACUCUCUGAUGUUCAGAAGAAAAUAAAGGAAGAGGAGAGAAAGGCAUAUAUUGAUCCAGUGAAAGCCGAGGAGGAGAAGGAGAAAGGAAACGAGUUGUUCAAGAAUGGUGACUAUGCGACAGCUGUGAAGCAUUAUACAGAGGCCAUUAAACGUAACCCUGAUGAUCCCAAGUACUACAGUAACAGAGCUGCCUGUUACACAAAACUUGCUGCCUUCGAUCUUGGACUCAAGGACUGUGAGAAAUGUGUUGAGCUUGACCCAAAAUUCAUUAAAGGAUGGAUUAGAAAAGGUAAAUUUCUUCAGGGCAUGCAGCAACAUGGCAAGGCUCUUUCUGCCUACCAGAAGGCCCUGGAACUGGAUUCCACAAAUUCUGAGGCUCUAGAAGGCUAUAGGUCUUGCACAGUGGCUGUGAACUCAAACCCUGAAGAGGUGCGUAAGCGUGCGAUGGGUGAUCCAGACGUUCAGGCCAUCAUGCGUGAUCCGGCCAUGAGACUUAUCCUCGAGCAAAUGCAGAAUGAUCCGAAAGCCUUACAGGACCACCUGAAGAAUCCGGAUAUUGCUGCAAAGAUACAGAAACUUCUUGAAUCGGGCUUGAUAGCGAUUCACUGAGAGGACUCAAAAAUUACCUUAAUUACUUUACACAAGUGUUAAGUGACAUUUAUGCAUUUAUUAUAUGUGCAUAGUAGUUUUCCAACAUUGAGAAAAUGAAUCAGUUGUACUAAUAUUUUCUUAAAAUUAUGUUUGUUAUGGAGAAUGAUAUGAGAGCCUCAUUUAGUGUUGGAAAUGCUUAGUGUUAGUUAUUAUUAUUGUCAUUAUACACCAAAGCACAGUCUGACUAAUCAAUAAACAGGUGUGUUUAAAUAUUUGUAUAAAUACUGCAUAUGAAUUUCACAGUAUGCUUGAGAUACUGAUAUAAUCUGUGAUUAGUGCUUGAUAUGGAAGCAUUUUAAAUGGGAUUCCUGUUUUAUAACCUUAAAAUGUCCUCUUUUCUUUUUUAAUGUGCUCAGCAGUGGUUCUCAAACUGUGUUCUGUGAUGAUGACUAUUUGAAGGCAGAUUGCAGACACUGGAGGAAAUAACUCAUCAAUUUAAAAAAAUAGGCAGAAGUGUAUCAGCAGAUCAUCACUUUAUGUGGUGGUUUCGCCUAGAAUACUGUGUCUGCAUAGGUUUAAUAAACACUUGGUAUCAGGAACUUG